GUCUCUGGCAAAGAGAAAAAAAAAACAUAAAAAAGCUUCUUUACUCUCUCUCAUCAUCUCUUUCGCAUUCACACUUUUGGUUGGUUUUUUCACAUUCUUUCAGUUCUUGCAUUUAAUUAAUUGAAGUUAAUUUGGGUAUCCCUCAGAUUCUUAUCCAAAUCUUCAGAAUUCCUUGGUGGGUUUUCGUCCACUAACACAACAUUUCUCUAUUUGAGCUCAAAAUUUUCUUAGCUUUUCUUCUUUCUUGAUUUUAUAUUUCUUUUUAAUAGUUUUACUGUCUCAUUUUUUGUCGCAUUUGAAUAAAAAAUUUUCUCGUCUUUUAUAGUUAUUUAUUGUAUAAAUCUAAUUUUUCUAAAUUUAUUCUCCAAUUUAUCCUUCUGGGUAUCUUGAAAGAUUGAAUAUUUGUACGCAAUUUCCAAUUUUUUAGGAGAUUCCUCCUCUUCUUUUUCUCUUUCUUUUUCUUUUUUUUUUUUAAUAGAUUGUUUCCUAAAGCAAAUUUAAGCUACAAUUUAAAAUUGUAAAAUUUCUUACAUCUAGUUUGUUGCAGAGGGAGAUCAAUUAUUGAAAAUUUUAUUUCUUUUGCUUUACUGGGCAUUCUUGCAAUCUCUGCAGGUUUUUGUUUUUGAUAGAAAUUGAAAGUUUGAGAGAGAGAGGCGUUGAUUCAUGGGUAAUUGCUGUGUAACUCCAGCUUCGAGCUCUUCAUCUGACAAGAAGAAGAAGAAGAAAGCCAAAGAGAAAGACAAGCAGCAAAAUCCAUUCUUUGGCAAUGAUUAUGUUGUGAAAAAAGGAUCUGGACCUACAGACAAGCUCUUGGUCUUGAAAGAACCCACUGGCCGUGAUGUCUGCGCACACUACGAUCUGGGUAGUGAGCUAGGCCGGGGUGAAUUUGGGGUUACAUACUUGUGCACUGAUGUAAGCAAUGGUGAAAAGUUUGCUUGUAAAUCUAUAUCCAAGAAGAAGCUAAGAACUGCAGUGGAUAUUGAGGAUGUGAGGAGGGAGGUUAAGAUAAUGAAGCAUUUGCCUUCCCAUCCAAAUAUUGUCUCUUUGAAGAGUACUUAUGAGGAUGAUAGUGCUGUGCACAUUGUGAUGGAAUUAUGUGAGGGAGGUGAGUUGUUUGAUAGGAUUGUAGCACGGGGGCAUUACACAGAAAGGGCAGCUGCUGCAGUUAUGCGGACAAUCGUGGAAGUUGUUCAGGUGUGCCAUAAACAUGGAGUCAUGCAUCGCGAUCUCAAGCCAGAGAAUUUUCUAUUUGCAAAUAAGAAGGAAACUGCCCCCUUAAAAGCAAUUGAUUUUGGAUUGUCAGUCUCCUUUAAACCUGGUGAGAGAUUUAAUGAGAUAGUGGGUAGUCCUUAUUACAUGGCUCCAGAGGUUCUAAGACGCAAUUAUGGCGCAGAAGUUGACAUCUGGAGUGCUGGAGUUAUUCUCUAUAUUUUACUCUGUGGUGUCCCACCUUUCUGGGCAGAAACCGAGCAAGGGGUAGCAAAGGCAAUUAUUCGCUCUGUCAUUGAUUUCAAGAGGGAUCCAUGGCCUAAAGUUUCUGAUAAUGCAAAGGACCUAGUGAAGAAAAUGCUUAAUCCUGAUCCUAAGCUACGACUUACAGCUCAGCAAGUGCUUGAACAUCCUUGGUUACAAAAUGCAAAGAAGGCUCCAAAUGUCUCAUUGGGGGAGACUGUGAAAGCAAGGCUCAAACAGUUUUCUGUGAUGAACAAGCUAAAAAAAAGGGCAUUGAGGGUGGUGGCUGAGCAUUUGUCGGUGGAGGAAGUGGCUGGCUUACAGGAGGCCUUUGACAUGAUGGACACAACCAAAAGAGGCAAGAUUAACAUUGAGGAGCUUAGAAAUGGGUUGCAAAGGCUUGGCCAGCCAAUUCCUGAUGCAGAUCUGCAAAUUCUAAUGGAUGCUGCUGAUGUUGAUGGUGAUGGAACACUGAAUUAUGGGGAGUUUGUCGCAGUUUCAGUUCACAUUAAAAAGAUGGCCAAUGAUGAACACCUACAUAAAGCUUUUGCAUUUUUUGAUCAAAAUCAAAGUGGUUACAUAGAGAUUGAAGAAUUGAGAGAAUCCUUAAAUGAUGAAGUUGACACCUGUAGUGAGGAUGUUAUCAAUGCCAUCAUGCAUGAUGUUGAUACAGACAAGGAUGGGCGCAUAAGCUAUGAGGAGUUUGCUGCAAUGAUGAAAGCCGGCACAGACUGGAGAAUAGCCUCCAGGCAAUAUUCAAGAGAAAGAUUCAAUAGUCUGAGCUUAAAAUUAAUGAGGGAUGGAUCAUUGCAGGUAGCCAGUUGAAGGUAGAAUAGGCAAAUUGAACAUAAAAAACCAAUGCCAGCAAGAUUUAUAAUUCUCUGUUGUUGCAGGAGAUACAGACAAGUUGGAACACCAUUAUGUGGUUGUAAAUAUAACAUGAGUUAGAAUAAACAUGAGUUUAAUUA